UGAACAUGAUGCUAACCUCAUGGGCACAAGCUUUCACUAUCAUCCUUUGUACUCCCAUCUAAUAUGGCUUUAAACUGGGGUCGCAGUCUAUGCCAGCCCAGCUAUCAAAUUCAGGUUUCACCAAGCACAGUUCACGACGAACGUGUUCUAGGUUUCUAUACGUCUGCUAGUGCAGCGGCGACUCAUCCACAGUAUUAUAAUCCAGAUCCAUACGCCAGGGUAUCUCCAGCAUCUUUUACUCGUGACUUCGAUCAAUCACCCUCUUCAUAUUAUCACGGCGAUAGCCCCCCCAAUUUCUCAAGACCUUUGUCAAUGUCCGUUCUCAAUGACCCUGCUUUCUCUUCUGAUCCUCGCCUCCAUCCACAUUUCCCACUCGUUAGCCCUACUUUCUUCAAGGAGCUCCCCUCCAAAUCCCCUGUUAUGCUCGUCAGGAAUCUCCCUCAUACCCCUCCAUACACUCACAGUCAUCUAUCGCCUCAUCAGGAAUUCAUUUAUCCUAUAGAUCGUUCUGACUUUUCACACUCAUCCGAUUCGGAAGAGGAACAUCCGUCCCCGACUAUCUCGACUUCUCCAUGCAUUCCCCCUACUUCUGUUCGACCCAUCCCAAAACGUCAUGUUUCUGCUCCAGAGCAGCGAGAGAAAGUGGCGAAACCCCCCACAGUGCGGUUUAACACCGCUCCAGUUCAUGCAGAUGGCAGUAACAGACCUACGGGAAAGCGGAAUAUGAAGAAUUUCAUGCGACGCUUCACGACCUCUCGUUCCCUCGAUCGAAUCGACGAAUUGGACGAGACAGAUCCUUUUGGAGCAGGUUGGCAUCAUGGCGGUCCUUACGAAGCUAUUGGUAGCAAUCUUGCCCAACUUGGGCCCGCUCACAAAUAUAAUGACAUUGACAUCCUGCGAGGCGAUUUAUAUAGUAAAUCUAAGCGUGAGAAUGUCCCUCGUCCCGUGCGCACCCAGAAAUCUCCCAGAGUGCCUCAAGUUGGUGUCGGUGGACAAUCUCUGAAUAUUGUUCCUGGACAAAUUUUUCAUCAAUCUCCUAUUGGUGAUACGAUAUCGUCGCCUCAGGCCAAUACUGUAAACCCGAACGCAGAUCUUCGCAAUCCAGGCUCGGGCCAGGUAGAACCUAGUCACUCCAGAAGUCACUCCACUCCCCUUUACCACCCUAUCAAACCGCCCGAAGGGCCGCCUUCUGAUACGUCGUUACAUGUACCCGCCAGCCGGUUUCCUCCUCGGAUCCACCACUUUGGUGUCGAUAUACCUCACUUACCACAACAUCCGCGGCCAGCUCAUGAUGAGCUCGCGUCUUAUCCCCUCUAUCAGAUACAUUCUGCGCCCGUUUUAGCCCCGGAUCCUAAUAAACGAUAUCCUGAAACUAUGUCGCCAUCUCGCGGAGAUGCAAAUUUCAGAACACUUGUUUCAUCACCGCCAAUCGUAGAACCCCCUAACGGUCAAGGGAACCACUUGGCACCCGACCUUCCUCGACAUCGUAGUACUCACUCGUUGGAUAGCUCGCGCACGCGCACUACCACAGCUACACAAUCUACUUCCCGCACUCAAAAUAGCCUACAGCCACCGCGCACCAAUCGUCACCUUCCAAAACGUCUUGUUAUGCCCGCUCCUCUACAGCCCCAGCAACCGCUACCUCAGCAGCAGCAGCUUAAUCUAUAUCCUCAGGCUGACUACUACGAUCCUUAUGCCGACCCUGACCUUUUCCCACCAACAAAAGGCCAUGCUCACGAACCGGCAGCAAUGUAUCACCAAGGUCGAAAACUACUGCGGAAGAAGACGGCCGUUUUCCCUGGAAAUGUUCCUUUGCCAACACACGCGCCUGUCGUCAAUGUUGACGCGAUUCCUCCAUUAACAAAACAUCCGUCCUUGUCAAUCGCCGAGGCUGGGAAGGUCAAGGAAAGAGUUCAUCGGCGAAGGUUGAGUAAACGGAAACACGAUGUCUGAGUUCAUGUCAUUCCUUCUUAGACUUUCUGCAUUGGCAGAUUGUGAUACGGAGAUGGUUUGAUGUUCUUGUUUAAGCUGCCUUCUAUCUCCUUGAUUUUGAUUUACCUCAUAGAGGACGAUGGUGGACUUAUCGACGUAUCUUGGAGAUGGAUCAUGGUAGACCAAUCUCAUUGUACUUACUAUUAACCCACGCAGUAUUUCUAGAUGUUCUUAGUUCUCGCAAAGUAUUUGUGUACUUGUUCUCUUGCUCGGCUAUGGAAUUGAUGCACUUCCUCUAGCACGUCAUAUUUUUGCGCCGAUCUUUUGAUAGCGAUUCGCCACACUAUCAACGAGCUCGAGCCAGAUUGUUGGACUCGGGGAAAUCCCGGUUUUGAGAAAUUGUCAAACAUGGGCCCCCGGU